AUGUAAGUUGUCCCAUUACAAACGAAAGAGAGUGAAAAUCUGAACUCUGAAAGCAAUUAAAUGCUUCAACUCUCAACCUCUGUCGUCCUUUAAUCAUAAUAAGGAACUGAAGAAUAAAUCAAGUCAUUUUUUCAUUUAAGCGUGAUUAUGAUUGCUAUUCAAAGUGGUAACUUUGCACUCGGUUACUCAUUAGCAUAUUUAUCCAUUUCAUUUACAACAUUAUUUUCUCAAAUUACAUUGAAGUCUUCUGAAAUCGAAGAAUAGGGCUUAUUUAGUGCUGUUUUAUCAAUUGGCCAGAUUGUUGGUGCUGUUAUGACAUCACCAUUGCUUAAACAUACAACAAGAAAUCAAUCUCUUUUUAUUUCAGAUGUUUUUGGUGUUCUCAGCAUCCUUCAAAUAAUUCCAAAUAGAGAAGUUAUCCUUGCCUUUCGAUUCAGUUUUGGUGUUUGUUUGGGCAUGUCAACAAUAAUAAUGCCAUUAUAUUUAAAAGAACUGUGUCCACAGAAAUAUUAUGAGUCUUUUUCUGUGAUGGCUGGCUUUCUGGUUGGAGGUGGAUAUUUGUUUGUCACUUUUCUAGGAUUAGGUUAUAUUGAUGAAUCUUUAAAUGGACCUGAAUCUAAUUAUUGGAAAUUCAUUUUUGCAUUUCCUUCUUUACUACACUUUUGUAGAUCUUUCAUCCUUACAUUUAUCUAUAAAAUGGAUAGUCCCAUAACUUUGAUUCAAAAGAAUAAAGAUGAAUCAGCGAAACAGAUAUUAAGAACGAUUUAUCAAGAAUAAUUUAUAGAUUAAGCAUUUUUGGAAUGUAAAUUAGGAGUUCAAUAGAAUAUCUAACUUGGAGAGGGAAUACUCAGCAUUUUUACUAAAAAGCACAGAACAACGGUAACUAUUGGGUGUGUUCUAGUUUUCGUUUAUACCUGGUCAGGAUUAUUUGCAUUAUUUUCUUACAGUUCCUAAAUAUUCUCGGAAAUGUCUAAAGAUGAUAUUACGUUGAAUGCAAUAUUUAAUUUGAUUAUUGGAAUAGUUCAAUUUGCACCUGCUUUUGUAUCUAAAUAUGUAUAUGGAAGAUGGGGUAAAAGAUCCUUAUUAUUAUUUGGACUGGCCGUCCUGAUUUUAUGUUAGAUACUCAUAAUUGGGCUUAGUUAUUCUUAAGAAUUAUCUACUGUUAUUAUUUCAUUCAUUAUAAUCUGUGUCUUUUCAUUUUAAUAUGUAUUGACUUUAGAACCAAUUACCUGGUCAAUGAUUCCAGAAAUCAAUUCAAGUGAAGGGACUUACUUCUGCUUUGUAACUCUUUAUGCUUGGUAAUUGUUAGUCUUGUAUAUAUUUCCAUUGAUGUUGGAUACCUUAGCUAUGAGUGGAUCAUUUAUUGUUUUCUUAAUUCUAACAUUAUUGUCAACAGUAUUCUUUUAUGUUUUUGUUAAAGAAACAAAAGGACUAACUCAUAAGGAAGUAAAUAAGCUCUAUGGUAAAGAUUGA